AUGGCGACCGGCUUGGAAGCCCUGGGGGCUGCCAGCGCCGUUGUUCAGUUGAUCGCUUUUGCCGGGAGCCUCGUGUCCCUCAGCUUCAAAAUUUACGAUGGAAUACCUACGACCGAGAACGAGCUUGAGGAGUACUCUAACAAGAUGAUGGAGGCGGCCCGUCGCGUUCAGUCUCGCGGCGCCCAAGUGCCCCAGGGAACCCAGGUUGGCGACAAACUAUCCAACGUCUCGCAGGAGUGCAUCGAAACGGCGUCAAAGCUGAAAAAAGAGGCUCAAACUCUUACCAAACGAUACAAAAAUGGAAAAGGCAAAAUAUUCCAGGCUGUCUAUUCUGCUCUUCGCACAGAGAGCCAUAAAGCCAAGCUCAAUCAGUUAGAUGGAUCCUUAAGGAAGUGCAAAGAAUUGAUGGAAACGGAGCUUUUAUUGAAGAUAUGCGACCAGGACACUGCGAUAGCACAAGAACAGUCCCAAGGAUUCCGAACUCUAGAGUGUGAUGUCCAGAACCUCAUUCUCAAGAUUGCUGAAGGCUAUAAAAGGGUAGAGCAACUGGUUUCCAUCGAAGCCCGAGCCACACGGGAUGCCAUUAACACCCACGUCACCUCCGAGCUCAAGGCUGUGGAGAUGAAGAACAUUUCAGACAACCAGCGUCAACGACUCUUAAAAAGCCUCAAACCCGAAGAAAUUAGAGAGAGAUACAACACUAUACUGCCGUCAUCCGAUGCUUGUUUUGAGAGGGUCUUCGCUUCAUAUGAACGUGUUUGCCGCAAAGACCCCGGGCACAAAGCCUGGAACGAGUACGAACAAGCAUUUGAUUCCUCCAAAACUACAGCAGAAAAGGCAAAACUUAAAGAGGAGGUUGAUGAGACUGAUCACCUAUGGGCGUGCUUCAGUACUUGGCUGCAGUCGGACGACCAGCUGUUCUGGAUUCGAGGAAAGCCAGGAUCUGGGAAAAGCACAUUGAUCAAGUUCGUUAUUGAGAACGACAACACGAAGCGUUUACUUGGCUUUCGGCACCCAAACACAAACACUAAAAUUCUAUCACAUUUUUUCUGGAAGAUCGGCAAUGAACCUCAGAACAGUAUCAGGGGCCUGUUGUGUUCCUUGCUCUAUGACCUUCUAUCAGAAGAUGACGAUGCCAUGGAUAAAGUAUUAAUGACAUUCAAAUUCUCCGGAUCGAAAGAUUUUUACAAGGAGUGGUCGUCUCAAGAAGCGGAGAAGGUCCUCUUGUAUCUUUUAGAUGUUUCAGCUCAUCCGCCUUGCAUUUUUGUCGAUGGCCUCGACGAGGUAUCGGAUAAGGACGGAUAUCGAGCACUCAUUAACGUCGUUCAAAAACUUUCGACAUGUCAGGGAGUAAAAGUCUGUGUAUCAAGCCGACCUGAUACAGAAUUAGUCAAAAGGCUUGAAAAGAUUGGAGCGCAGAGCUUACGACUAGACGACCUCACUAAGCCUGAGAUGGUCGUUUAUCUGCGCCAGGAAUUCGAAAAAUUACCACAAGAUCAGUUCGCCGGCUUACCUGUCGAAAAGUUCACAGACACCCUUCUGGGUAAAGCGCAAGGGGUCUUCUUAUGGCUUGCUCUUGCCACGAAAAGCGUCACUGAUGGAAUAUUGAUAGGCGAUGAUCAAGAAUUCAUUUCUAAAAGGCUAGAGGAGCUCCCAGAGGAGCUUGAGUCUCUUUAUCAGACAAUGUGGGAGAGACUAAAUGGAAACAAUCGUGUAUACCGCGAGACUGCUGCAAGAUACUUCCGCUUCGUCAUCGCUGACGGGUGGGACACACUGCAGACGACAAAGGAUGGGGUCCGCCGCUACAUGACAGAGCCCAACCUGGUCCAACUAUCACUUGCAACAAAGGUUGAAGACUGUUUCAUCUUCCCACCCACAGCUAAUGAGAAGACUUUGAAUGAGUUGAAUGCUCUGUGUAAGGCGACAGAAUGCGACAUCCGAACUCGAUGCGCUGGCAUGCUACAAGUUGGUCGACAGUGUGGUUUUAACGACAAUGGAGUGGCACUCCCGGAAGCGAUCCGUCCACUCACACGACCAGUCCAGUUCAUCCACCGCACAGCUCACGACUUCCUGGUUGAUACAGAAUAUGGCCAAUCCAUCUUGAGUCACGGGUCAAAUGAGACAACAUUGAUAGACGAAGGCCUGAAACUGCUCAAAUGCCGGCUCAAUCUGGCCAGCACGUACUAUCGCCAGUUCAAGGUUGUGUCUGAUUGCGCCUGGGCUUUAGGUGGCUGCAAUCGAUUAAAUGACACGGGAGCGGAUGCGGAAGCCAUAUUGACGAUACUUAGAGCUAUGAAGGACCUUCAUGAAGAUGGUGCUCUCGCUGUUGCAUAUCGGCUUUGGGAGCUUAAUCCAACCUUUCCAUGCGUCGCAGCAUAUAUUCUUGAAAACUUCGACAAUUUUAUCAUUUCUUCCUUUAUGCCAACUCCCUCACCAAAGCUUGCUACCAACAGCCUUCACGAGCUGGCACUUGCAAGUCAACACUUUAGAAUGUCUAAAACGGCAGUUAGGAUAAUCCGAGGCUUGAUUGAGCUUGGUGGAGAGGCGCACGUUUCCAAGAGGUCCAUUUUGCCCCUUGAGGUUCCGGGACACGAAAUGCGUACCACCCAACACACCACGGCCUUCGAGUCGCUUCUUGGUGGUGUAUUCCAGGCGACGCGUUUGCGUGACCGCUACGACCAUAUAACGUCGGUUCUUCGCGUAGUAGAAAGUAUGGUACAAACCUGCCCGGACUUGCACAGAAGGGCCAUCUUCUUCUUUGCAGAGUAUGGUAGCUUGCUGUGUUUUAAACUUCGUGGACGGCAAGUAUGGGUCGCGGUGGAGGUCAAUCUACAUUUUCUCAUAAACCGACUACUGGUCAUUGCCGACUUGGAGAACAUUCCAGCUGAGUUGACUUCUAGAACCCGCGAAGCUGCCGCUUCCUUCACCAUGCAUCAUGUACGCGUUCGACAUGUUGUACGCCGUCGAGGAGAAGGCUCCCGGACCCGUUGUUAUCGAGUCCUCCACCAGGAGCCAUGCCUAGACUUCAUUGGUAAACUUGGGAAUAGAGAGUACCAUGAAGGCUUUGAAGCUCUUGCACACGUCUUUGACGCCAUGUAUGGUCCUAUCGAUAGCUCUGCCCGUCCAGAGUCAAGCUUUCCAUCAGAGUGUUUUGAGGAGGUGCCUAUUGGUGAAGAGAUAGAUAUGCUGAUACAAGAGGGUAUAGGACUGUCCAGAGAGGAGGAUGUAAAUAUUCGUUAA